AUGUUCUUCUCAGACGAUCUCCUCACCACCAAGAAGGGGUCAUUCGGUAUCGUCUGGCUCAUGGCCACCCUGGGGCCGCGCAACAAGAAGAUCACGAAAAAACAGCUCGCUGCUGUAGACCUAGCAAAGACAUGUGAACUAAUCGCAGAACCGCCCGAGCCCAUGGCUUUGCGACUGAGUGGCGCGUUGCUCGUUGGUGUUGCAAGGGUUUACAACCAGAGCUUCGACAUGUUCUACGCUGACGUGACCACUUUCCACGCCAAUUUGAGACGCUCUAUCGCUAUAGACUUGAGUCACCCUUCCAAUACUAUGGUGGGAGGCGGCGCGCUAGAGCUACCGAAUGAUGGGCAGAUAAGGUCGGAAUUGAUCACCAUCGGAAACACGGACUUUGACUGGGAUAUGUCAUCUUGGGACGCAGAGUUUGCUCACGUGGACUGGAAUGAUCCUCUGGCUCCUGGUCGCAAAAGGCGGGCAUCUUCCGUUCUUUCCUCGUCCCAAAUAUCCCCUGCAUCCGAGCGUGACGGAGUCGACACAGUGGAGGAUGGAUAUGUUCGCGAUCUGGAAGAGGAAGAAGAUUACGAGUUUGAAGUCGGAAGGAUGGCGAAGAGAAGUAGAUUCUCCGCAUCUCCAGCCUAUACCACCCUUCAUCGCACUCCAAUCCAUCAGCGCCCUCCGUCUAAUCCUCUAUUUUCCCGCAACGACCUCGACUUCCAGCAAGAAGUUGACCUUGGUCUCAACCUCGACCUUGAUUUUGACGGUCCGGCAGGGGUUGACGACAGUUUUUCUGGGCCGAGUGGUGGCAGAGGGUUCGAGAUGCCUCUAGCGCCAAUGGAUGACUAUGACAUUGGGCCUGAUAUGCCCGCAUUGAUGGACAAUAUGGAAGGGCCAGUGAUCUUCUAUGAUGAGGAAGGCGGUCCUCUCGGUGAUGAACAACAGCUUCCCUUGUCACUUCGACAGCCUUCCCCCAACGCCAACGACCUUGCCCACAACGAUGAUUAUCCAGGCCCCUCCUACCAGAAGAGGAAGGCCAAGCAAAUUAAGAAGGUCGUCUUCGACUCAUCUUUGGAGAUCAACGAGGACGAGGAGCGGCAGGCGCGCUCAAGCUACAGAGAAAGGAUGGCGAAAGAUAGGAAAGAUGCCGAGUCAAAGGAGGCUGAGAGACGACUUGGGCUCGAAGUGAUAUCGAUGGUGGAUGGUGCGGGUGGUUUCCAGUUCUAUGACGCUGAGAUGGCCGACAUGUUCUCCUCUCUCACGAAAGUCGCCAGAUUCAAAUGGGAGGCUGAUCUUGCCCGCUCCAAGAGCCGCAGGAAGGGUCUUAUUUCUACUUCCGACCAGGAUAUCGACAUCGACGAACGCAAAGAGCGGCAUGCGGUAAAUUUCCCCCAUGAUUUCGACAUGCCUAUGGCUCCCAUGGAUGAUUACGACGUCCAGGCAGGGUACAUGCAAGAUGCGAGGCAGCUGCCAGAUGGAGAGGUUGACUUUGGACAGAAUGAUGCCUACUAUCCUCCCAUCUACGACGACUAUGAGGUUCCUGUUCGUGAUCGGGAUGCCAGCAUGGCCAGGUUGAGUGAUGUGGAAUAUGGUAGACGGGACAGUGUUCGGAGCGGUGGCAACCUUCCCUGGGAGAUCACAGCUGGAAGCACGCCAGGUGGGGCCUACCCAGACUUUGCCGACACAUCUUUCAGUCCUGGAUCCCUGAAAUUCAGCCUCAUGACCCCUCAAGAAGCUCGCAUUCGUCAAAACAGCCGCUCCGGCAACAAUACGGGGAGCCAAUUCGCACGUCGACACCGGAUUCGAUCUUCUUCAUUGAUGAGCGACAGACCGGAUGACGAUCCUCUCAUGUUGGCCCGUGCGAGGAGCGCGGAACUUGAUUUGCCCUCUGAUGUGGACCUCGAAGACAUCCUCCCAUCCGAAACACAACAAGCCCGUCUGGCAGACUUGCCGGACGCCUUCCGUCCAGAGAUGCUUGCGACUCUUGAGAAACAGUGUAGAGAUUUCUUGACGUACAUGGAAAAGAAAAUGAUUGGGCUCAAGAAAGAAAAUAUCAUGUUUGAUGAGCUUGUGCCGAGGACUAGCAAGAAAAAUUGGGCUGCCGUUGCUUUUUACGAUUGUCUGACCCUCUCCACAAAGAACAUUAUCAGCGUGGACCAGCCAGAGCCUUGGGAUACUAUCCACAUUCGCUUCGCCGAUAAGCCGUCUGUUUAG